AUGUCACGUGGAAUGCAGUCGAGAUUAAUUGCUCCUCAAUGGUCAAGCUACGAUGACACUCUUUCGUUUGCUCUCAUUUUUGACCAGGCGGUAGCUUCUCCGAUGAUGGGUGCGGGACAAGAGCAGUUUGAUGGUUGUAAAGUCGCGCAGUAUCAGAGCCCUCAUACGGGGAACGGUAAAGAGGGUCCUCGAGACGGUCCUCGGAUUCUCCGCGAAUGUCUCCGAGGCAUAACGCGCCCAGUGGAUAUGCCGGCGGACAAGCGAACGUACCUCGACGAGGUCACGCUCCAGUCGUUCAUGAAGAUGCAGACAACCGUCUUAGAUGUUCUUCUAGCCACAGAGACGCAGAAAACUGCGCAGUUACAAGGAAAUAUACAAAGAAGAGUGGUGUGA